AUGCAUCUGCUGCUUCUGAUAGUGACAGUAGCAUAUCUUCCUACUCUUCGAGUUCUGUUUCAGGUGUUGGUCUCUGUAUCAGACAAAAAUCCACUAAUAAUAUACUUCAAGGACGUUGAGAAGCUUCUUGAGUCAGAAAGAUUCUACAAGUUGUUCCAGAAUCUGUUGAACAAGCUCCCUGGUCCUGUCUUGAUUCUUGGCUCAAGAGUAUUAGAAUCCAAAGAUGAUUGCCAAGAAGUAACCGAAGGAACAUCCGCUCUCUUUCCUUACAACAUCGGAAUCAGACCACCAGAGGAUGAAUCUCAGCUCAUGACCUGGAAAACUCGGUUAGAAGAAGACAUGAAGAUGAUUAAGAUUCAAGACAACAAGAACCACAUCGCCGAGGUUCUUGCAGCUAAUGAUAUCCAAUGCGAUGACUUGGCUUCGAUAUGUCUCGCGGAUACAAUGUGUUUGAGCAACCGCAUUGAGGAGGUUGUGAUUUCUGCAAUCACUUAUCAUUUGAUACACACCAAAGAACCGGAGUACAGAAACGGGAAGCUUGUUAUAUCUUCCAAAAGCUUGUCUCAUGGACUGAGUAUAUUCCAAGAAAACAAGAAUGACAAUGCAUUGCCUCUAAAAGCACCUGAAGCUGUUCCUGAUAAUGAGUUCGAGGAGCGUAUAAGAUCAGAGGUUAUACCAGCAAAUGAGAUUGGUGUCAAAUUUGCAGAUAUUGGUUCUUUAGACGAAACAAAAGAUUUGCUUCAAGAACUUGUAAUACUUCCACUUAGAAGACCUGAUCUCUUCAAAGGCAAUCUUCUCAAGCCAUGCAGAGGAAUCCUACUAUUCGGACCGCCUGGUACUGGCAAAACAAUGCUUGCAAAGGCGAUUGCAAAUGAAGCAGGAGCUAGUUUCAUCAAUGUAUCCAUGUCUACAAUCACUUCAAAAUAUUAUGGAGAAGACGAGAAGAACGUGAGAGCUUUGUUUACUUUAGCAGCUAAAGUAUCUCCAACGAUUAUAUUUGUGGACGAAGUUGAUAGUAGGUUGGGACAAAGGAAGAGUGUUGGAGAGACUGAAUCCACUAGGAAGAUCAAGAAUGAGUUUAUGUUGCAUUGGGAUGGUCUAAUGACUGAACCAGGUGAAGGGGUUAUGGUUCUUGCAGCCACAAACAGACCCUUUGAUCUUGACGAAGCUAUCAUUAGGAGGUUUGAGCGCAGAAUAAUGGUGGGACUUCCUUCCAUUGAGAGCAGAGAGAUGAUCUUGAGAACUUUGUUGUCUAAAGAGAAAACAGAUGAUCUUGAUUUUCAUGAGAUUGGACAGAAGACAGAAGGCUACACUGGAAGUGAUCUCAAGAACAUGUGCAUCACAGCUGCGUAUAGACCGGUUAGAGAACUGAUUCAGCAAGAGAGAUUGAAAGAUAAGGAGAGGAAGAAAAGAGAAGAAGCAGGAAAAGGCAAGGAAGAACCAAAAGAAGUAGAAGAAGCUUCUGAGGAGAGAGAUAUUACUUUGAGACCUUUGAACAUGGAAGACAUGAGAAAAGCUAAAAACCAGGUAUCUGCGAGUUUUGCAUCAGAAGGAUCUGGAAUGGAUGAGCUGAAGCAAUGGAAUGAUUUGUAUGGAGAAGGAGGCUCAAGGAAAAAGGAACAGCUCACUUAUUUCCUCUGA